AUGAAUAGUAUUUGCCAUGGCAAGGGGCUAACUGCUGGAAACACCAUUUGCUGGGGGGAGCUAGGGCAGCCACUAUUCACCUCCGAGAAAGGGGACCUGCUUAAUCAGAGAGCAAGCAAAGGUUUUUCGAGCUCCUCCAAGUCCAAGGUUGCAUGGAUUUCUCUGCUCAAGUGUCAGACGGAGAAACAUUACAACUUUGGUUACGAAUGCUGUGACUGA